AUGGCAACAGCUGUGCCACAGUCCUUUGAAAAGGAGUUGCCGAUCGACCAUGACGAGAAGGUCCUUUUGUCUUUGGGUUACAAGCAGGAGUUCAGACGAGAGUUCAGUCUUUGGACCUCCUUCUGUGUCAGCUUCGCCGUGUUGGGUUUGCUUCCGAGUUUCGCAUCGACGUUAUACUAUGGCAUGGGUUACGCUGGAACUGCCGGGAUGGUCUGGGGAUGGAUAAUUGCCAUGGUGUUUAUCCAAUGUGUCGCCCUGAGCUUGGCCGAACUCUGCUCAUCAAUGCCAACAAGCGGUGGUCUCUAUUAUGCGUCGGCUGUUCUUGCACCUCCAGGCUGGGGCCCUGUUGCAUCUUGGGCGACUGGCUGGUCCAGUUGGAUUGGACAAGUCACAAGUGCGCCAUCGGUUAAUUAUUCAUUGGCGGCAAUGAUGCUGGCUGCUCGGUCGAUAACCGUCUCAGACUACGUACCAACUAACUACGAGGUAUUCCUCCUCACCGCUUUCCUCAUGAUCAUCCAAAGUUGCAUCAGCAGCAUGCCGACGAAGUGGAUCGCUUUCUUCAAUUCUUUUGGGUCCAGUAUCAACAUGGUAGCAGUAAUCAUUGUCAUCAUUCUCAUACCUACCGCUACUACGACGGAACCUAAGUUCACACCAACUUAUCAAGUGUGGAGCAACAUCGAUAAUGGUACAGAUUUUCCCAACGGUAUCGCCAUGUUGAUGAGUUUCAUCAGCGUUAUGUGGGCAAUGUCAGGCUUUGAUGCGCCAUUUCAUCUGAGCGAGGAAUGCGCCGUUGCUGACGUCGCGUCCCCCCGCGCCAUCGUUUUGACGUCUGUGAUUGGUGGCAUAUUUGGUUGGGUCUUGCAGGUUGUUGUUGCGUACACCGUCGUCGACAUUGAGGCAGUCUUCAACUCUGACCUCGGCCAACCGUGGGCGACCUACUUGCUCCAGGUUCUGCCGAUGAAGGCUGCGCUUGCCACUCUCGCAUUGACUAUAAUAGCUGGCUUCUGCAUGGGUCAAGGUUGCAUGGUUGCAGCAUCUCGAGUCACCUAUGCCUACGCCCGUGACGGUUGCUUUCCCCUGUCACAAUACUGGCGGAAAGUGAACAAGUACACCAAGACACCGGUAAAUGCGGUAUGGUUCAACUGUACCAUUGGUAUCCUGCUUUGCCUCCUUAUAUUUGCUGGAGAGGUGGCUAUCCUAGCCGUCUUCUCUGUCGGCGCCAUUGCUUGCUUUGUUGCAUUCACGAUCCCCAUCUCUUUGAGAGUCUUCUUUGUCGGCAACAGGUUUCGAAGGGGACCUUGGCAUAUUGGAAAGUUUGGGAAGCCGGUCGGAGCGGCCGCCGUUGGGUUCGUCGUCCUGAUGGUUCCGAUACUGUGUUUGCCUAGCAUGGUAGGAAGUGACCUUGACUCUUCCAAUAUGAACUGGACCUGUCUUGUGUACGGGCUUCCCAUGUUGCUUGCUUUUCUCUGGUUUGCCAUUGACGCCCGUAAGUGGUUCAAAGGACCAAGGGUUAAUGCCAAGCAUGCCAUGAUCGGCCAGGUUAUUAAAGAACUCGGGACGCAAGCUUGA